AUGUCGGCGACACUGCUGAAUCUGCUACCGGGCAAUCCUGCCACCACUCGCGCUCAAUCCACCAAGCUCUCGGUGGAUCCGAAGGGCGAAAAGGUGGUCUACUGCCAGAACCGUACCGUCUUCAUCCGUUCCAUCACCGAUCCAUCCAAGCCGGCCAUCGCCUACUCGCAACACACGCAGCCUACCACCGUAGCACGCAUCUCGCCCACCGGCUUCUACUGUGCAUCAGCGGAUCAAGCCGGAAACGUGCGCGUGUGGGACCUGGUCGGUGACGAGCAGAUCAUCAAGAACGAGGUCAAGGUCAUCGCAGGCCGCAUCAACGAUCUCGCGUGGGAUGGCGAGUCGAAGCGCAUCAUCGCCGUCGGAGAUGGACGAGAGAGGUUCGGUCAUGCCUUUUCCUUCGACAGCGGCUCGAGCGUAGGCGAGGUUACGGGCCACAGCAGGCAGAUCAAUGCAGUCGCGAUCCGUAAAGACCGCCCCUUCCGUGCCGUCACUGCGGGAGACGACAACAACCUCGUGUUCUACCACGGCGCUCCGUACAAGUACAACAAGACCAUCGCCACCCACACACGCUUCGUUCAGGAUGUCGCCUACGCGCCCAACGGCGACCACUUUGUCUCGGUCGGUUCCGACAGCAAGGUCUUUGUCUACGACGGCAAGACCGGCGAUACUGUCAUCGAGCUCUCUGCCAAAGCCUCCGGCGGUCACUCUGGAACCAUCUUUGCCGUCGACUUUUCGCCCGACAGCAAAAAUAUUGCGACUGCAGGUGCAGAUGGUUUCGUCAAAGUGUGGGACAUUGCCGCCGAAAAGUUGGUUGCAUCGCACGACUUGAACGGUCAGAGCAGCCAGAAGGUGGACGAUCAGCAGGUGGGCAUCGUGUGGGCCGGCAGCCGAAUCGUCUCGCUCAACUUUGCGGGGACGCUCAACGUCAUCGAGGUGGACAGCGGCAAAGUCGACAAGCUGUACGGCGCGUGCAAGAGCUUCGGUGUGCGAUCUCUGGACGUCGCAGAAGACGGGAGGACGCUGGUGGGUGGCAGCUACGACGGGCGCGUGCUGUCGUGGUCGCCCGAUGGAGUGUGCAAGCCGGUGGUCGGAGGCGAGAGCUUGAGCGCGGCGGUGCUGGGUGUUCACGCGACACGCGACGGCGUGUUUGUGGCGAGCAUGGACGACUCGGUGCGCAAGAUCUCGGACGGCAAGUACGCCGGUGCCGCCAUAGCCACCUCGAGCCAACCCAAGGGCAGCGCAGCAUCCACGAGCGGCGUUGUCGUCAUCGCCGGUGCGCAAGGAAUCGACAUCAUCGACAACGGCAAAAAGACCCACCACGCCACCACCUACACCCCCUCAUCCGCCACCAUCUCUGCCGAUGCAUCGCACGUCGCCGUCGGAGCCGAAGACGGCAAAGUCUACCUCUACACCCACUCCUCCGGCUCGCUCAAGGAGACCGCUACAUUGACGAACAACCGAUCUGCAGUCACGGCGCUCGCCUUCGACCCGCAACUGUCGCUGCUCGCAGCUGGCGAAUCGAGCGGCAAGAUUCAGGUGUACGACCUGGCGACACGCUCGCUCAAGAUCGCGCACUGGGUGUUCCACUCUGCCCGUAUCAACGAUAUUCGCUUUUCGCCGGAUGGAACGCACGCGGUGUCGGCGAGUCUGGAUACGCACGUGUACGUGUGGAGCGUCAAGAAGCCGAUGAAGAACAUUGCGGUGAAGAAUGCGCAUGCGAACGGGGCGCAGGCGGUGACGUGGUUGAGCGACGCGGAGUUUGCCAGUGCCGGUGCGGAUGGCGUGGUCAGGACGUGGAAGGUAAAACGUCAUGAAGGAGCGUAA